AUCAAUAUUAUCAGUUUCUUUAGAACAGCGUACUUUAUGGUUCUUCUUAUUAUGUCUUCCGAAUGUUUGGCUCAGCGUAAAAGUUCAGGGAGAAACAGUAAGACUUAUAUUUGGAGGCGAUGUUGCAUUUUCUGGAGUAAUCAAGUAUCACGCAAGAAGACAGGAGUGUAGAUAUGAGGAUUCUUUUAAACCAAUUAAAUCUGUCCUUAGCGAAGCUGAUCACGUUAUUGUCAACCUAGAAACUCCAUUUCAUCAUAAAAAAGAUGAAAAGCUUCAAGAAUUGAAUCCGAAGAAAGAAGUGACGUUAAUUUCGGAUACAGAUGCAAUGGCAGCACUUAACUAUGCAGGCAUAGAUAUAGUUACCUUGGCCAAUAACCACUUCAUCGAUUUUGGAGAAGGACCAGCUAAUCUGACAAUAGAAUAUUUAAAGAAGUUUGACGUUCAAUACGUUGGUGUUACGUAUGGCAAAUCUAUGUUUGUUGAUCAGGAACCUUUGAUCAUAACAGAGAAGGGAAUAAAAAUUGGAUUUCUUGCGUAUUGCUCUUCAGAUGAAGGAUGUUUGCAAGAAAAUUAUCGCGAUAGAGUGUCUACGGGACCUGCUAUUUAUGAUAAAACGUUGGCUAUACGUGAAGCUAAAAGACUAAGAAAGGUAGUAGAUAUCAUUGUCGUCCUCAUGCACUGGGGUGUUGAGUACGCCAAAUUUCUACCAAAGUAUCAUGGUGAACAGGUCAUCGUCCAGUUGUCACCAUAUGUUGACGUCAUUAUUGGUUCCCACCCCCACGUGGUACAAGACCAUUUUUACAACGAUGGUGCCUUAGUUGUUCAAAGUGUGGGAAACAUGUUGUUUCCGUUGCACGGUAGUGUCAUGAAUAAAUUUUUGGAUAAAGGUGAAAAUAUAUCUCGACCUGACCACGAUAAAGUAUGGUAUAAACAGACAAAGUUAUUAAAGAAUCCUACUUCCUUUGGUAAAUUAAUAAUGGUGGAAAUAAACAAAGCAGGCAUAAUAAGGGCUGGAACCAAGUAUCUACCAAUUGAGAUUGAUGUAACAAAACAGCAUUGUCUGGUUGUCAAGAAGAAAGGAUCAUGGAAAACAAUCUGUGAUAAAAAUGACAAACACUGCGUUGGUACUAAUGACUGUAAUAUGUUGCAUUGUGGAGGCGUACAAAAAGUCAAACCAAAAAAGAAAAAAGGAAAGGGGAAAUUACACGAAACCUACAAAAAUGUGUAGUUCAAGUUUAAACACACGUCUUUAAUAUUGUCGUGGAUACAAUGUUUUUAAGUUAAACUUUUCAAUGUUUAUUUUAUGUAAGUCCAUUUUGGAUCCAUUGGUUUAAGGUAAUAAUGUUAAAAAUCUGAGAUGGUUAAUCCACGCUUGUUUUGACAUUGAUAAAAAAAUCGUCUAAGCAUACUCAAAAGUCUUUUUCCUCGUCUAUUCAAAAAAUUUACUUUUAAUACAGACCUUUACCAAAGCUAUCCUUCGAAUUAAGUACUAAAUUUUUUUAUUUAAAAAAAACUAGGAAAUUGUGUAACUUGUUAGUUUCCAUAACGUCAGAUCCUUUUGAAUGGAUUCUACUUUAUUCAAACGGAAUUUUAUUACACUAUUAUUCCUACGCUUCUUUCUCGUUCAAGGCAAAUGUUUUCGAUAGCUAGACACCUAAUUGUACAAAUGUGGGAAAGACUAAUCACAAGCUAAACCUCCACACGCGUUAGAUGUCAAAAUUCAAAC